AUGAAAUCUUUCAUCUCCUUGAUACCCCUGCUGGCCCACUCGGCAGCAGCAGGAGUAAUCCAAGCGAGGGCAAGCGCAACAGACUCGAAUGCAGCGGUUACUGCUGCCCCUGCUGCUGCGUCAACUGGUAAUCCCUUCUCUGGAUACCAACUCUACGCCAACUCCUACUAUUCAUCCGAGGUUUAUGCCUCUGCUAUUCCAUCUAUGACUGGUGCGGCGCAGGCUGCUGCGAGUUCGGCGGCUGUUGUUCCGUCUUUCUUUUGGCUUGACACAGCCGCCAAAGUCCCCACCAUGGGCGAAUUCCUCGCUGACAUCCAAUCCAAGAACGCCGCGGGAGCAAGUCCACCGUACGCCGGUCAAUUCGUGGUCUACGAUCUCCCCGAUCGUGACUGUGCUGCGCUGGCGAGUAACGGCGAAUACUCGAUUGCGGAUGGUGGUGUUGAGAAGUAUAAGGCUUAUAUUGAUAGUAUUAAGGCUGUUCUUACGGAGUACUCUGAUGUUCAGACUAUUCUUGUCAUCGAACCCGACAGUCUGGCUAACCUAGUCACCAACCUCAAUGUCGCUAAGUGCGCAAAUGCGCAUGACGCGUACCUCGAAGGCGUCAAUUACGCCGUGACACAACUUAAUCUUGCUAAUGUGGCUAUGUACAUUGACGCCGGACACGCCGGCUGGCUAGGCUGGGACGCAAACCUCAGUCCUGCAGCAACCCUCUUCGCCCAAGUCUACAACAACGCAUCCCAACCCGCCUCCCUCCGCGGUCUAGCCACCAACGUCGCAAACUACAACGGCUGGUCCCUGUCUUCGUGCCCGUCAUAUACAUCCGGUGAUUCAAACUGUGACGAAAAGAGAUACGUCAAUGCGAUCGCCCCUUUGCUGAAGAGUGCGGGUUGGGAUGCGCAUUUUAUUACUGAUACCGGCCGAAACGGCGUCCAGCCAACCCAACAAUCCGCCUGGGGAGACUGGUGCAACGUAAAAGGCACCGGUUUCGGUGUCAGACCAACCACUGACACGGGUGACUCCCUCGAAGACGCUUUUGUGUGGGUGAAGCCCGGUGGUGAGAGUGAUGGGACUUCGGAUUCGAGUUCGGCGAGGUAUGAUGCGCAUUGUGGGUAUAGUGAUGCGCUUCAGCCGGCGCCUGAGGCGGGGACUUGGUUCCAGGCUUAUUUCGCGCAGUUGGUUGAGAAUGCGAAUCCCUCUUUCUAG